CGUCAUGUUUGGAUAAAUUGUAAACAAGAAAUCGCCUCUGGCGGAAAAAAUUGACCUGCGGCUUUGGCGAUCGGUAGGCUAUUUUUGGUUAGUUAUUUUAGGCUCAGGGAUUUCUCAGUCUACGCUUAUUUAAUUCGUAAUUCUUAAGAUAUCGGUAUCACCAAUUGCAUAUUUUUGCACUGCUGAAUACCUAACCCACGAAAAUCUGAAAAUGGCGGAUGCGGAAGUUGGAAAACCUGUUUUGGGUCCUGAUGGCAAUCCAACAUCAAAAAAAGCAUUGAAAAAGCAACAGAAAGAAGCAGAAAAGGCUGCUAAGAAGGCUCAGCGUAAAGCUGAAUUAGACGCAGAACAACAAGCAAACCAACAAGAAGAUGUUUCUAAAGAAUUUUAUGGAGAUAUGAAAAUGAUACAAUCAACUGAAAAAUUAGAUCGUGCGUUGGUUAGAGUUGGUGACAUUGGACUGAAAGAAGCUGACCAAUUGUUAUGGUGUCGUGCACGCCUACAUACAUCACGUGCGACAGGCAAGCAAUGCUUUGUCGUUUUACGUCAACAACAAUUUACAAUUCAGGGUUUAUUAGCUGUUGGAGAAAACAUUAGUAAACAAAUGGUGAAAUUUUGUGCAAAUAUCACAAAAGAAAGCAUAGUCGAUGUUCAAGGGUUUGUUCGUAAAGUUGGUACCAAGAUUGAAAGUUGCACUCAACAGGAUGUUGAACUUCAUAUUAAACAAAUAUUUGUUGUAAGCAAAUCAGCACCUCAACUACCUCUGCAAAUAGAAGACGCUUCUCGUCCUGAACCAGAAGGAGAGGAAGAUGAUGGAAGAGCUCGUGUGAAUCAAGAUACAAGAUUAGAUAAUAGGAUUCUGGAUUUAAGGACAACUACAAAGCAAGCCAUAUUUCGACUACAAGCAGGUGUUUGCAGGUUGUUUCGAAACACACUCACAGAAAGAGGUUUUGUGGAAAUACAUACUCCAAAAAUUAUCUCAGCUGCAAGUGAAGGUGGAGCCAACGUUUUUACGGUGUCAUAUUUCAAAAGCAACGCAUUUCUUGCACAAAGUCCGCAGCUUUAUAAGCAAAUGGCGAUUGCAGCUGAUUUUGAAAAAGUCUUUACAGUUGGAGCAGUCUUCAGAGCAGAGGAUUCCAACACUCACAGGCAUUUGACGGAAUUUGUUGGUCUGGAUUUAGAAAUGGCAUUCAAGUACCAUUAUCAUGAGGUCUUACAAACUAUUGGAGAUGUAUUUGUCUCAAUAUUUAAAGGAUUGAGAGAUGAAUGUCAGACAGAAAUUUCAACUGUUGGUAAACAAUAUCCAGCAGAGCCUUUCAAAUUUCUUGACCCAGCUUUAAUAUUAGAAUAUAAAGAAGGUGUCAAGAUGUUAGCAGAAGCCGGUGUGGAGAUGGAUGAAGAAGAAGAUCUAUCAACACCCAAUGAAAAAUUACUUGGACGUCUCGUUCGUGAGAAAUAUGAUACAGAUUUCUACAUCCUAGAUAAGUUUCCUCUUGCUGUCAGACCAUUUUACACCAUGCCUGAUCCAAAGGAUUCAAAAUGGUCGAAUUCAUAUGAUAUGUUUAUGAGAGGAGAAGAAAUCUUGUCUGGUGCCCAGAGAAUUCAUGAUCCUGAGUUUUUGACUGAACGUGCCAAACAUCAUGGAAUUGAUCUGAAUCAAAUUAAAUCCUAUAUUGAUUCAUUCAGAUAUGGAUGUCCACCCCAUGGAGGAGGAGGAAUAGGUAUGGAAAGAGUAACUAUGUUGUAUCUUGGACUUCACAAUAUACGUUCGUCAUCGCUCUUCCCGCGUGAUCCAAAACGCGUAACGCCAUAGGAUAUGACACUCAACCUUAUUUUGUGCUUGUUUCAUUGAGAAGGUGACCUGCUAUGGUGAAGUUUGCACAAAGCAAAAAGUAGCUGAACAAAAUUUAAUAUAAAAAAUUAUGCCUAUUUGUGGGUUUAACUACUAGAUUUCUGACUCUUAUUGCGUUGACGGCUCAUUUUGGGCCAUGAUGCAUGCUUAUCAUACAAUACAUAAUAUAUUUGCCUGGAAAAUAUCAUUUCGUUGUUUGCUUGCUAAUAUGGAUGCUUUGUGAAUGAUAAAUAAUAGUAAAUCAAUUCA